AUGAAGAUCAGAUUGUNUAAAGAAUUUACACCUAUAUAUGAAUAAUUCAAACCUUCAAAUAACAAAAAAAAUCCAAUCAACUUACCAUUCAAAUCCAAUAAUCAAUAUAUCUAACCCAAAAUGCAUCGUAGUUUCUUAGAUGAAGAAAAUAAUUAUAUUUGGGUAUUAAAUUGCUCUAAAUAUUUAAGAUAUUAAAACCAAAUGAAUUUAAUAGAGGAAGAGGUAUCUCAUUUUUUAGAACUAUAGAAGAACUGAAGAUUCUACUUAAAAAAUUUACUUAAGGAACUUCUGAAUAUUAAUUUAGUUAAGGCUAAAUUAAAUCUUCAUCUUUUGUCAUUCAGAAAUACAUUUAAAGACCAUUUUUAUUAGAUGGAAGAAAAUUCGAUAUUAGACUUUGGGUUUUAGUUACUCAUAAAUUUGAUAUUUAUAUAUUUAAUUAGGGCUAUGCUAGAUUAUCUUCAGAGAUGUUUGAUCUUACAUAAUUAGAUGCAUUCAUUCAUUUAACAAAUAAUGCUGUAUAAAAACAUUCUAAAAAUUAUGGCUUUUUUGAAUAAGGAAAUUAAAUCUCCUAUUCAGAAUUAGAUUAUUAUACUAAUGGAGAAUUUACUAAAUCUGUUUUGCCAAAAAUUAAAUCUAUCAUUGUUUUUUCUUGGAUGACUAUUUAACAUACAUUUAAAAAAAUUAAAUAUUCAUUUGAAAUAUUUGGGUAUGAUUUUAUGUUAGAUGAAAACUUAAAGCCAUGGCUUAUUGAAAUUAAUACUAAUCCAUGUCUGGAAGAAUCAUCACCAUUAUUAAAAGAAUUAAUACCAAAAAUGAUAGAUCAUGCAUUUAAAAUUGUUAUAGAUCCUUUAUUUACUAAAAUCUAAGAACCUACAGAUUGGGAUCAUCUCCUACAAUUAUGA